GCUUUCUUGUCCGAGAAAAACAGUGAGAAGAUAAAAUAAAAAUAGAAAAAAGAAAUGGUGUGAGAGCACGAGAGCAGCCCGCGGACCCAGAACCCUAACCCCCGGACUCCUAGGCGGCGGCGGCGAUGGCGGACGGCGGCGGAGAGGGAGGACCACCGGCGGCAGCGGCGGCGGCGCUGAAGGAUCAGGGGAACGAGCAGUUCAAGUCGGGCAACUACCUCAAGGCCGCCGCGCUGUACACGCAGGCCAUCAAGCUUGACCCCGACAACCCCACCCUCUACAGCAACCGAGCUGCAGCCUUUUUGCAGUUGGUUAAACUUAGUAAGGCACUUUCUGAUGCUGAGACAACAGUCAAACUGAAGCCACAGUGGGAGAAGGGUUAUUUCAGGAAAGGUUGUGUUUUGGAGGCGAUGGAGCGCUAUGAGGAGGCAAUAUCUGCUUUUCAGAUAGCUUUGCAGCACAAUCCACAAAAUGCAGAAGUCUCAAGAAAAAUCAAGAGGCUUACUCAGUUGGCAAGGGAAAAGAAGCGAGCUCUUGAUGUGGAGAGCAUGCGCUCCAGUAUUGACAUUGGGAAGAACUUAGAGUCACUGAAAACUGAGUUGGUUGCAAAGUAUGGAGAUGCAGAAACGGGGCAGAGUAUCUUCUUGUUUGUUGUUAAUGUGAUAGAAUCAGCAAUAAAGGUUUGGCAUGACACAGGAAAAGUGGAUCCAAGGGUUAAUUUUCUUCUCGAUGAUGAAAAGACCAAUACUGAAAAAUAUGCCCCAGUAGUUAACAUUGACAAGGCCUUCGAGUCACCCCACACUCACAGCGAUUGCUUCACAUUUUUGCGGCAAUACUCUGAGGAUUCUUUUGCGAAUGCUGCAUGUAUGGUGGCGCCUAAGAACAUCAUCUCCUACCCACAGGUCUGGAAAGGGCAAGGAUCAAGAAAAUGGAAGCUUGACCAGAGUGAUGGAUUCUUUGUACAAUUUGAAUCACCAACUCUACGGAAGAUAUGGUUUGUUCCUAGCACAACAGAAAAGGGUCGAACAUUGUGCGGGAGCCCUGAGACGUUGGACAUUAGCAUCCAUGAAGUCCUUCCCCGUAUAUUCAAGGAAACAGCUUGGGGCAAAUGAACAAUUGAUGCCAGUACUACUGGUUACAAGUCUAUUUUCUCCGUGACAUGCUCCCCCAUCACAGAUUUAUUUUUUUUAUUUUUUUUUACCAGAGCCUUGUUCAUUUUUCGGGCUUUUUGUCAGGGUUGUUUCCUACGUAGCAUAGUAUGUUAGCUUUCUUGUUAUCCUUCUUUCUGGAUGAGUCUUGAUCGUGUCCUGUUGUUGUUACAAACUGUUUCUUCUGUAAUACAAAGAUACAUAGCACUAGAGUAACACAACAUGAUAUUCAUGAAACCCAAGAGAAAAUGACUUCAGAAUGGGGAUACAAGUUAUUUCUUUUUGUCGACCCAAAA